GACUGUGUAUUCGCGCACUUUACACUGACGGACACGGACGUGAAACAUCACCCUGCCUCACACAGAUCACAGUAUCGUCCUCAGUAGAGUAGGUCGGCAGUCAUGUUCCGUCUCAUCUACAUGCUUCUCCUUGCUGUGGAUAUAUAUCCAGUUGCAGAUGCGUCAGGCCUCCGUCAGAUCCAGGGUCGAGAAGGGCGCGACAUCACUCUCCCAUUCCAACAUCUACUUAGAUGUAACAAUCCAGUAGAACUAUGCCGUCUACCCUUGGAUGACAAUGGACUCGCCUAUGAGAAUGCCAGCGCGUGUUGGAGCCCCGGAUGUCAGAGACUCUCUUUCUGUGCGAGACGGUCCUCUUUCAAUGUGUCAAGGGAGUAUGAAGAACGGUUGUCCUAUAAUGGAGACGGGGGACAUUUGUCUUCCUACACGCUGUCUAACCUCAGCAAGGCUGAUGCAGGAAUCUACCAGAUGUGCUACAAAGCAGCAGAUCCUGAAACAGCCAUGCUGAUUAUACAAGAGACGCCAACGAAGCCGCGCAUAGCAACGCCCUCGGCCCCGAUCCUGUAUACGGAGUACACCAUUACCUGUGUGACGAAGUCCCGGUCACUUCCCGGCAACCAUGGACUGCCAAUGACCUAUCACUGGGUAAAAAACGGAGAAACCGUCCAUCCGGAUCAGUACAUCAAGCAGACCGGGCCGAACCUGACAAUUACCAACCUGAGCAUGAUGUAUGAUGGGAAGGUGUUUCGGUGUUCAGUGAAGGAGGAGGGAGGCAGUUGGACCGGAGAGAGCCGAGUCUCACCGAUAUUUGUUGAGUAUGGCCCGAGGGAGUUCCGGUCAAGUGUGUCGGAGGGCGACAACAAGCUGGUCACUCUCACGUGCUCGGCAGACUGCCAGCCGAAGUGCACUCUCACCUUCACCAAGAAUAACGUGACGGUGGAGUCGGCGACUGACGUCGACGUCAUCACACAGGUGGUGGACACCCGUCGGACCGUGGUCGGCGACAGAUUCAUCUGCAUCACCAGCAACAUCCACGGCUCCAUAUCAAAGAUCCAUACAUUUUAUAAUAAUCAAGUAAUACCGGACAUAAAAAGAUUAACAGCCAAUGAGCGUGAGACUGACAGAAUGAACAUCAAGGCGAACCAAACCCUCGAUAUGACGUGCAUUGUGAUUGGUCGACCCGAACCAACCAUCACGUGGUACUUUAACAUGGAAGGCGAUGACCAAUCACGAACGCUGCUGAAGAAAUCAACAUUUGACCCUGCCUACAUUGCUAACGCUGACUUCAACGUGCACAACUAUAAGAGCUCGUACAACGUUCCAAACGCAGAGGCACAGCACCAUGGACGAUAUUGUUGCAGUGUGCACAACGCACUUCCAAACUCCAACAGGGAGGCCUGUGUCAGUGUCCUUGUUAAGAGUGUGCCGAAAGUGGUUGCCGCACCUAAUGACGUGUAUACUGGCGUUGGCAAGGCCGUCACCGUGACGUUCUCUGUGCUAUCCUACGAAGCACUCAGCGUGAACUGUAGCCGGAAGAACACCACCUGCAACGUCAACAUCACCGUCUACAACAACAACACCUUCGAGACAAAUCUACACCAAAUCACACUGGAUACAGCGGUUGAAAGUGACGAUGACUUUGGUACAUACAUCCUUCACCUUCAAAACGAAGAAGGCCCAAGCGAGGUAACUCUGCGUUUUGUAAAAGAAGCGAGCUUCAACGCGUCACGUGGACGUCAAUCAGUGGCGCCUAUUGUCUCCGUGAUCAUUGUCGCGAUUGUCGUCCUCGGGUGUGUCGCCAUGGUAACUAUCCUGUACAGGAGAGGAAGACCUAAGCCUGGCCAUCUGGAAGGUGAAAUCAAACUGAACAUCUUUAAGACUGUCAUAGAUGUUGUAACGUCAAAACGUGACAAGACAGGGACAGAGUCAGUACUGAAGAGUUCAGAGAGUGACAGUGAAGGUCAAGGAAACGUGGGAAACGAUGGCCAAGAUCAGCAUGGGAUAGAGUCAGCAUUGAGGAGGUCAGCAAAACAGAGGAAAUGUCCAGAGAGACGACAUGGGGAGUACCUCGUGGAUGGCACGGACUGCAGUGAAGCUUAAUGUUUGACACAAUGACUAUCACAUACAGACGGAACUCACACAGUUAGGAGUGACGAACCUAUUGUGUUUGGUGUAAGGACAUUGUCAGGGAGACGUCCGUUGUGUUUGGUGUAAGGACAUUGUCAGGGAGACGUCCGUUGUGUUUGGUGUAAGGACAUUGUCAGGGAGACGACCGUUGUGUUUUGUGUAAGGACAUUGUCAGGGAGACGUCCGUUGUGUUUGGUGUAAGGACAUUGUCAGAGAGACGUCCGUUGUGUUUGGUGUAAGGACAUUGUCAGGGAGACGUCCGUUGUGUUUGGUGUAAGGACAUUGUCAGGGAGACGACCGUUGUGUUUGGUGUAAGGACAUUGUCAGAUAGACAAUUGUCAGAUACACGCCCGUUGUGUUUGGUGUGAUGACAUUGUCAGACACACAUCCGUUGUGUAUGCUGUGAGGACAUUGUCAGGGAUGCGUCCUUUGUUUCGUUACAGGACAUUUAUGGGAGACGUCCAUUGUUUGGUGUGAGAACACUGUCAGAGUGAUGCCCAUUGUUUGGCGUGAGGACAUUGUCAGAGAGGCGUCCGUUCUGUUUGCUGUGAGGGACACCCUUUGUCUUGUGAAAUGUAUGACUUGUUUUUAUUAUUAUUAAUAUCUGUUACUAACUGCCAGUAACUGUCAUAUACCCCUGCUUACCUGGCGGGAUGGUGGGAAACUAAAUAGAGGUAAAAUCCCCUUGUAAAUACAUGUGACGGGUUGUUCGAAUGAGUGAGUGAGUGAGUGAAUGGGUGAGUGACUGAGUGAGUGGGUUUUGGUGUUUGUUCGGGCGUUCGAUGGAUGGGUGGAUGGAGGGAGUUGGAUGGGUGGGUGGGGGGAGUUGGAUGGGUGAGUGAAUGAAUUGGUGAGUGAGGUCUUACGACGUUCUACUCAAUAUUCCAGCAAUAUCACUGCGGUGGACAACAGAAAAAAGGCUUCAUGCAUUUUCAUCAUCAAGAAAAUCGUUAUGUGCCGGAAGUAUGUCCUCCUUGUCCCGGGGCGGUCGGGUAGCCUAGUGGUUAAAGCGUUCGCUCGUCACGCAAAAGACCCGGGUUCGAAUGCCGACAUGGGUACAAUGUGAAGCCCCUUUCUGGUGUCCCCCGCCCUGAUGUUGCUGGAAUAUUGCUAAAAGUGGCGUAAAACCAUACUCACUCACUCACUCACUCCUCCUUGACCCGGCAUACAAGGCCAGCUGAGGACAACGCAUUCACGCUGUGUGCAUGUGUAGAUGUUUACACUUACAAAUACAUAAACAUACCUUGUAUACAUUGCCGAUACAUCCACACACUGUAUAUACCGUCGCUCUUACUUUGUUCAUAUUGAAUCAUUUUUAUUCUACUUGCCUGAGUUUAAUAAAACUGUCACGCAAUUUCUAGUUUGGGAAUUUUUCAGUAAAUGCGCCUUUAUCACAGUUACAGUCGCGAUAGCCUCCAAAAUCGUAACGUCCCCUUUCAAGGGUUAAGCCACGAGUCCAGGAAUUGUGAGUGGGUGAGU